AUGACCCUAGCAGGUGGAGGUCCAAGAACCACAAUACAUCCCCUGGGCCCACUUGCCUGGAUCCUUCUCUGCAGAGCUGGAAUUGAGUCACAUCAGAAAAACUCCAUUGUAGAGGUGGCUGCAGGCUUCCACUCCCACCCUGUCUUCACAGCAGAAAUGUCAGGAAAAGAGAACAACUUCCCCCCGUUGCCCAAGUUCAUCCCCCUGAAGCCCUGCUUCUACCAGAACUUCUCUGACGAAAUCCCUAUUGAGCACCAGGUCCUGGUGAAGAGGAUCUACCGCCUGUGGCUGUUCUACUGUGCCACCCUGGGCGUCAACCUCGUUGCCUGCCUGGCCUGGUGGAUCGCGGGUGGCUCAGGCGCUAACUUCGGCCUGGCCCUGCUCUGGCUGCUCCUCUUCUCGCCCUGCGGCUAUGUGUGCUGGUUCCGGCCGGCCUACAAGGCUUUCCGAUCUGACAGCUCCUUCAACUUCAUGGCAUUUUUCUUCAUCUUCGGAGCCCAGUUCGUCUUGACCAUCAUCCAGGCCGUCGGGUUCUCAGGAUGGGGCGCGUGUGGUUGGCUGGCAGCCAUUGGUUUCUUCCAGACCAGCGUCGGGGCCGCUGUGGUCAUGCUGCUCCCAGCCAUUAUGUUCUCCAUGUCGGCUGCCAUGAUGGCCAUCAUGAUCAUGAAGGUGCACAGCAUCUACCGAGGGGCCGGUGGGAGCUUCCAGAAGGCGCAGACGGAGUGGAGCACGGGCACCUGGAGGAACCCGCCGUCCAGGGAGGCCCAGUUCAACAACUUCUCGGGGAACAGCCUGCCCGAGUACCCCACCGUGCCCAGCUACCCGGCCAGUGGUGGCCAGUGGCCUUAG